CAGGCAUGCUCUCUGCGGCAUUUAGGCGGGUGGAAGCGGAAGUCGCGUGCGUGCGCUCAUUUCCGGCGAGCGGGCGCGCGGGUUGAUUCGUUCUCCCCGGGUGACUCGGCCGCGGCGCCUCCGAGAUGGCGGGCCUUAUGCCUGUGGAGAAGAAGCUGGCUGAAUACAAGUGUAAUACAAAUGAAGCAAUUCAGCUGAAAUUAGUUCGCUUUCCUGAGGAUUUGGAGGAUGAAAACACAACAUUUAAUCCAGAAUUUAGCCAUCAAGUGUUUGGAGACAAUGAGGUUGCCUUUGGCUACAAGGGACUGAAGAUCCUCUUGUACUAUAUCGCUGGUAACCUGUCAACGCUCUUCCGCAUCGAGUAUACGUCUAAAGUUAAUGAAAAGUUUGACUGUGUGGAGGCAGAUGAUGUGGAAAGUAAAAUUAGAGAAAUCAUUCCUCCUGGUUUUUGCACAAACACAGAUGACUUUGUGUCACUGCUGGAGAAAGAGGUCAACUUCAAGCCCUUUGGAAUGCUGCUACACACAUAUUCUGUCCAUAAUGAGGAAGCUGGUGAAGAUAUAACAUAUCAGAUAUACAAGGCUGACAUGACAUGUCCAGGCUUUCGAGAAUAUCAUGAAAGGCUUCAGACGUUCUUGAUGUGGUUUAUUGAAACUGCUAGCUUUAUUGAUGUAGAUGAUGAAAGAUGGAACUACUUUCUAGUAUUUGAGAAGUAUAAUAAGGAUGGAGCUACGCUCUUUGCGACCGUAGGCUACAUGACAGUCUAUAAUUACUAUGUGUACCCAGACAAAACCCGGCCACGUGUAAGCCAGAUGCUGAUCUUGCCACCGUUCCAAGGAGAAGGCCAUGGUGCUCAGCUUCUUGAAACAGUUCAUAGAUACUAUAUGUCUUCUCCUACAGUACUUGAUAUAACAGCUGAAGAUCCAUCUGAAAACUAUGUGAAGCUCAGAGACUUUGUUCAUGUAAAGCUCUGUCAAGAUUUACUUUGCUUUUCCCCAGGAAAAUUAAUGCAGGGUUUCAGUCAAGAAAUGGUGAUGGAAGCUCAACAAAAACUUAAAAUAAAUAAGCAACACACAAGACGAGUUUAUGAAAUUCUCCGAUUGCGUGCAACAGAUAUGGGUGAUGCAGAACAGUCCAGAAGCUAUCGGUUGGACAUUAAAAGAAGACUGAUUGGCCCCUACAAGAAAAAGCAGCGAGAACUUGCCAAGAUGAGAAGGUGUCUAAGACCAGAGGAGCUGACGAAUCAGUUGAACCAAAUAGACCUAAACAUGCAACAUGAACAGCUAGAAGAGAGCUUCCAGCAACUUGUUUCAGAUUACAGGAGAGUCCUAGAACGACUCGCACAAGCAUGAGGAUCCUGCCUGCACAGGAAACUUCCGUAUUUCCAUACAGUGUUGUAAAGCACAUCCUUAAUUGCCACUUAUCUGCAAAAAAUCUCAUGUGACGUUUUAAUCACAUUAAGGGUGACUUGUGUUUCUGUGCAUUUUGAAUAUUUUCUAUUUUUGUGUUGUAGAUUUUUUUUAAAUGUUGUACUUUAGGUUUGGGGGGCACUUAUUGCUGAAAUAAACAAUGUAGAUUCUCAAAUACAGCAUCACUUCAAUUGUUUGGGUUUUUUUUACCCUUCUGUUUUGCCUUGAAACUUAAAUACCUGAAUAGCAAGCCAGUACAUAAAUUGAAGGACUACAACUAUUGCAUCUCUCAAAUUUCUCCUACUUUGAUCCUCCUCAGGGGCUGUUCUGUUUGGAUCUGUUGUACUGUGUAAGGCCUGUGCAUUCUGGUUUAAUGGCAUUUGAUGAGAGGUUAGAAGACUGGUUGUGUGGUCUGGCUGGUGCGCUUCCUAAGUACAGGCUCUUUAGCCUUUCUUAAAAGCAGAUCCUGCUCCCAUAAGCUCUCAGACCCAUUAUGCUUAAGCCUCUAAAAGGCCUUGAGCGUGUUCUUUUUCAACCCUCCAAGUCUGCAGGUUUGUGAUUUCUGGAAAAUAUCUGAGUUGAGGAAAUGGCCAAGACACUGUAAGAACUCUCCAAAGCACUUCUACUCUAGCUAGGGUGAAAAACAAAACAAAUCUGUAGGAAACAAGUGCCUUUAUAUAGUUUGUUGACUAUUCUGCUAUCAGUUACUUCUCAGAUUUGAGGUAAGUUCUAAAAUGUGCUGCCCUUCCUUCCUCAAAGGAAUAAAUUACACUAUCUUUUCUUGUCAUUCAGACUUAAGAACUGAUUUUGUCUUGGCCUGUAAUCAAGAGGACUUAGUCUAAAUAAGGAUUAUUGAAAAUUAUUAGUGGUGUUUCAUGGUCCAGCUUUCAAAACUGGAGUCUGUAGAUGACAGUUAUCUACUACCAUUUUGAUAUGGUGUGCAGUGUCAUGUUUUCCAAAUGUUUAAAACCUAUUGUGGAUUUGGUUUGUAUUUUCUAUUAAAUUCUUUUAAGGCAUUUAAAUUCUC